CCUUGUUGGUAGUUGAUUGGUCAUGGUGGGGAUUGUAUAUUUGGGGACCCCGUUCCUAUAAUGGGAGACCUAGCCUAAGCAGGGCCUAUACAAAUCGCCUUAACAUAAAGCGAUUUAGGCCUAGUCCCACUUGGACUUCCAGUUGCUCGGACCGUGGUGGUGCUAGAAUCUUGCAAGAUGGAUGUUGGAGAGAAAGCUAAACAGAUUAUGUCGUAUUUCACUGAGCCAAAUAUGAUGAAACUGCUUCGCUUUGCUAACAUCGCCGGCGUGGUGUAUUUCUGGGUUGUCUCCUGUACUGCCCUGUACGUUAACCUGUUCUGCGUCCUCCCUGUCCUGCUGGCGGACGAUGACUUUUGGCUGAGGUUUCACUGGUGGCUCUUCAGCCUGGCUGCAUUCAACAUGUACCUCAACUACUUCAUCUGUCUAAGGAAGAACUCGGUCUACACGGCUGCAGGGACUAGGACGGGUGAGGGAGACGAGCUCACUGCCAAGGGGUGGGACCACUGCGUUCCAUGCCAGCAGUACAUCCCACCUAGAGCCCACCACUGCCCCAUCUGCAAGCGUUGCAUCCUCAAGCGGGACCGGCAUUGCUACUUCCUGGGCGUCUGCGUGGGCCACUUCAACCAGAGGUACUUCCUGGUCUUCCUGCUGUACGCCACUAUCGCGGCCCUACACGCCGCCCUCUCUUUCCUUGCGUACCUGAACACCAACCUGGCCCCGUUCCUCUCGGCCGGAGCCUACAACUACCUGUACCCGAUUGGCACUGCAAUGUGGAUCUUGGGCUACAUACCCACGUAUCUAUACGGAACCCUCACCUUAGCCUACAUUUGCCUCAUGUUAGGGAUUGGCUGCUGUGGGCUGUUCUACUUCCAUUUCCGGCGAGCGCUCAGUGGCCAGACCUCCCACGAGUACGCCAACCGAAUCACCACCUACAAUCGCGGAUCACAGAGGAACUUGGAAGAGGUUUUCGGCAGGUACUGGUGGCUGGCUUUCGUGCUGCCGAUUCCGCUGAAGCAAACAAGUGACGGCAUUGUAUGGAACAAGCCAAAGGAAAUAAAGGGAAUUUAAGCAUCCCCCCUUCCCCUUGCAAGGGAUGUGACGUUGACUCAGCUCAAGCAUUCAAAUGACACACAGUCUCUACAUCUGUUGACAGGCUGUCCGAAAAGUUUGAACAGAAUCCAACUUUACAGUGUUUGAUGUCAAUGCCAUUUGGCCCUUCAGUUUGACCUUGCGUAGACACUAUGUCCGUCAUGCCAAAUUAUUUCAUUACAGAACACCAGAAGCAUGACAUGAUCCCGUUUCAUGCUAGAUGUAGUUUAAUCUGUACAUUUUUCAAUAGUACUAGAAAACAAGGAAAUGUUUUUGUUGUUAUCCAUCAUUACAAUCUACAUAUGUAUACACUUUGUUGUGCUUGCUUUCAACACACCUCUAGCUAAGAAUUUACCGGUAGCUUACAGCAACUCUCAUGCGCAUCUGAAGUGUUGGCUGGUCAUGAUUUCAGUGAUAUGUAAAGUUUGGGUUACUAAAUUAUACAAUGAUUCCCAUCCUCAACCCUAACCCCCUAGGCACUUUUUGCUAGGGACCCUCCUCAAUCCUCCAAAAUCCUCCAAUUUAGGGGUUGAAAAAAAUGGAUUCUCCGUCAUUUCUCCGAAAUUUCCUGGAAAUGUUUACUUGGAGGUAUGCCUACAGCCUCAAUCCUUCAAAACCCUCUGGCAAUUUCAGUCAUUACCGGUAUGUUGAGGCAGUGCGAAUGGAAUUCUUGAACAGUGUGGUUGAUUCAAGGAAACAUCGGGCCGAAUUUAAGCAAAAACCAACGCAGGUGUUGCCCACGACCUUCACACAUGGCCUCCUUCGCAGUAAGCCAUGCUCUUUUGUCAUUCAUCCCAAAUCCUCCAAAACCACCUGAAGGAUUUUGGAGGACUGAGGAGGGUUAGGGUUAACCUCCAUGAAAAAAACAUAUUUUACAUGAUACAAUACAGUACAUGUCAUGGUACAUGUAGUUGCAUGUAACGAUUUCACUACAGUGAAGUCUUAUUUUCACUACAGUGUUUACAGAGAGGGACUUUGAUGUUCCUGGCCAUGCAAAUAUUUCCCUCCAUGGAAAUGGGUGCGAUUUUUUCUCUGCAGAGUCAGAAACACCAUUUGACUCCAGUCUUUCGGGGGCUGUCCAUUUGUGGUCAUUUUCACAAGCAUAGAAAAUGUGAUUGCUUUUCACCUUGCUGUGAACGGUGAUGAUAUACACUUUUGGGAGGGGUCAGGGAAAAAGGCCAUCUUUUUGUACGGUCGUGAAAGUGAUGAAAAAAACAGGGACAACCACUUAACGCACACCAAUUCAUCCUUUUUUUUUCUGUGAUAGUGUUGAGAUUUGGUACAGUGGAGGAAAGAACGUAGCCUGUAGCACAGGACAAGGCUUACACGUACAUGUACAAGACUGUGAAAAGUAGGUGUUGAAUCUGUGUCAAGUAUCACUCUAUUCAUACUGAUGACAUUUUCGUAGGGCAUAACUCAGUUAAGGGAAGGUUUUACUGACUGGUACAUGUAGCAAACCACAUUUGGGAGGGAAAUUACAAAAACUGAAGACACGACAAGGCAUGGGCAAGCAUAAACUAAAAAUUAAAUAUUUACAUUUGUCAGACAGUGCUACGUGAAAUACAGUACAGUCAUUUAAUAACGCCUCCUAACAUGCCUAGACUGCACGGUGAACAAAAAAAAUGAUUUAUAAGGUCAAAGUUCAAACUUUAUACGGCCCUUGAUUGGCUUUUUUAUUGUAAGAGUGAACAAAGUCUUUUGAAUUUGACUUUAGAAUUUUGACCAUUUAUGUCCGUAGCAUUCUGUAAUCUGUACUUCAUUACUUAGUGAAUCAAAAAUCCUUUAAUUAAUGCAGUGAAUACAUGUACUUGGAGCAGUACUCAUUUUUAUAAAAGCAGCAGGGGUGAGACUGGGGGAAAGGAAAAUAUCCACACAAUGAUGCACGCAUGUUUUGAGAGCCCCUAUAGCAGCACAAAAAGAUUUGUGUGUGUUCUAUGUCGACAUUUUCACAUGUACAUGAAUGUAAAACCAUUUUUACGGUAAAUUCGGCAUUAUCCAGACUUUAAAAGGUUUUGGGAAAAUUCCUGAUAAAUCUCGCCCCCGAAGCAGAAACAAGCUGGUAUAGAAUGCGCUCUUUGAUGUGCAAUUUACAUGUACAUGUGCAAGACAUUUUCAAUGCAAACCACACACUGCUGUUUAAAGUUUUCCUUAGGUACCUGUGCAUAUACCAUUUCACAGAGCUACAUGUAAUAUGCAGAAAAUUCCAAUCAGUAAAUCCUGAUUGUUAAACAGGUGCAUAACCAGAAGAGGUCAGGUUACAAGCAUGGACAUGGACGUAAUUUACAUGUUCGAAAAAGAAGCUUUAUGGAUUUCAAUAUGGGAAAAAUAAUAAAAAAUUGUAAUUUAGACUUCAAGAAAGUAAACGCUGAUUAUUACAAUUAUACAAAAACAAGUACCGAAACAAGUAAAAGAUUAUGUCCUAGAUAUCAUCCACCGCCAAGAUAAACAGUUUUGAAAUUAAUUUUUUUUCAGAUGUCAACAUAAUUUCAUAUUUGUUUGUUUUUUGCUUGUUGAACUUGAACGUUUUUUAACCUUGUGAUAAACUUUUGUACUCAUAUCAUUUUGUACUUACAGCAGAAUUCAUGGCCUAUGGUCUGAAAAUUAUAGUCCAAAGUAGCAGCCAUUUACAUGUAACUCAUGAUUUUGUUGUGCAAUUAAAUGGAAUACAAUGUA